AUGUGCGUCACCUACUUCCGGCCUGCGAGCGCGGUGUUCCGCUCUUUGCCGGCCGGGGUUUUCUGUCCGGCUUUUCUCUCCUUGGCUCAUCUGUGGUGCAAUGGCUCGGGAUUCGGAUCCCUUCCGCGAAGGGCCGCUCUUAAAGGUGCUACCCUUAGACGAUAGAGAUCGGGGCACCCAGCGCUGCCGCCUGGGCCCGGCCGCCUUCCACGCCCUGGGCGCGCGUUUGGGCUCUGCAGUGAAGAUCUCCUUGCCCGACGGCGGCUCCUGCAUCUGCACUGCCUGGCCUCGGCGGGACGGAGCCGACUGCUUUGUGCAGCUGGACCCGCUGUGCGCAAGCCCCGGGGUGGUGGUCGGGGCGCCGAGAUCACGGAGGAGUCUCAGCCUGAGCCACCUUCUCCUAGUGCCCUGUCCGCCCCUGCGGCGCGUCGCGGUGUGGCCGGUGUUGCGAGAGCGGGCAGGCGCGCCUGGUGCCCCGAGUACAGCUGCGGUGCUGGAGGCGGCGCAGGAGCUGCUGAGAAACCGACCGGUUUCCCUGGGCCACGUGGUGGUCGCUCCACCGGGCGCUCCGGGCCCGGUGGCUGCCUUGCACAUCGUCGGCGGGACGCCCAGCCCCGACCCCGCUGGGCUGGUUACGCCUCGUACACGCGUCGGCUUCAGCAGGGAGCCUCCAUCUGAAUCCCGGCCGCGGUCCGAGGUGCCCCUGGGGGGCCUUUCGGAGGCUGCCGACUCGCUCCGGGAGCUCCUCCGCCUGCCGCUCCGCUACCCCCGCACCCUGGCGGCGCUGGGCUUAGCAGUGCCCCGCGGAGUGCUCCUGGCGGGGCCCCCCGGAGUGGGCAAGACCCAGCUGGUACGGGCCGUGGCACACGAGGCGGGCGCGGAGCUGCUGGCAGUCAGCGCCCCCGCGCUUCAGGGUUCCCGGCCUGGGGAGACAGAGGAGAACGUGCGGCGGGUCUUCCAGCGCGCCCGGGAGCUGGCCAGUCGCGGGCCCAGCCUCCUCUUCCUGGACGAGGUGGACGCCUUGUGUCCCCGGCGGGGCGGUCAAGCACCGGAGAGCCGCGUAGUGGCCCAGGUGUUGACGCUGCUGGACGGCGCCAGUGGGGACCGCGAGGUCGUGGUUGUGGGAGCUACCAACCGGCCGGACGCUCUAGACCCAGCGCUGCGCAGACCUGGGAGAUUUGACCGCGAGGUGGUCAUUGGGACUCCCACACUUAAACAAAGAAAGGAAAUUCUGCAAGUGAUUACCUCAAGGAUGCCCAUUUCCAGUCAUGUUGAUUUGGGCCUUCUUGCAGAAAUGACAGUUGGCUAUGUUGGUGCUGAUCUGACAGCACUCUGUAGGGAGGCUGCCAUGCAUGCCCUCAUUCAUAGUGAGAAGAACCAGGACAGUCCUGUGAUUGAUGAAACAGACUUCCUUGAAACUUUUAAAAAUAUUCAACCCUCAUCAUUUCGAAGCGUCAUUGGAUUGAUGGAUAUCAAGCCUGUUGACUGGGAGCAGAUUGGUGGCCUUGAAGAUGUAAAACUGAAGUUACAGCAGAGCAUUGAGUGGCCUCUGAAAUUCCCUAAGGAAUUUGUUAGGAUGGGCCUGACACAACCAAAGGGAGUUCUUCUCUAUGGGCCCCCUGGAUGUGCUAAAACCACUCUGGUGAGGGCCCUGGCCACAAGCUGUCACUGCUCUUUUGUUUCAGUGAGUGGAGCUGAUCUCUUUUCACCAUUUGUUGGAGAUUCAGAAAAAGUCUUGUCUCAGAUAUUUCGACAAGCAAGAGCAAGCACUCCAGCAAUUGUGUUUUUGGAUGAAAUUGAUUCAAUUUUGGGAGCUCGCUCAACCAGCAAGACAGGAUGUGAUGUUCAAGAACGAGUUCUUUCUGUUCUCCUGAAUGAAUUAGAUGGUGUUGGACUUAAGACAAUAGAGAGAAGAGGAAAUAAAUCAAGUCAACAGGAGUUUCAAGACGUUUUUAACCGAAGUAUCAUGAUUGUUGCAGCAACAAAUAGACCUGAUGUGUUAGAUGCUGCUUUGUUACGACCUGGAAGAUUAGAUAAGAUCAUCUAUAUCCCUCCUCCAGAUCACAAGGGCAGGCUUUCUAUUUUAAAAGUUUGUACAAAAACCAUGCCAUUAGGACCUGAUGUCUCCUUAGAAAACCUAGCAGCAGAAACCUGUUUUUUUUCUGGAGCUGAUCUUAGAAACCUCUGUACAGAAGCUGCUUUGCUGGCUCUGCAAGAAAACGGACUAGAUACAACCACAGUGAAACAAGAGCACUUUCUAAAGUCACUUAAGACUGUAAAACCGUCGUUAAGUCACAAGGACUUGGCUUUAUAUGAAAACUUAUUUAAGAAAGAAGGAUUUUCUAACUUGGAAGAUAUUUAAAAAUUACCUUACACCCUUGUCAUUAAGUUGGAAGGACCUGACUUUAUAUGUAAACGUAUUUAAGAAAAGGAUUUUCUAACUUGUAAGAGAUUAACAGUUGCCCUACACCCUUUUUCAGUUGUUCACAUUAAUUGAAAUGUGAACUUGCCUGUUGUUUGCAGCUUCACACUUUAAAAAUUUGUGUUUGUAUUUCAUGUUAAUUUAAAAAAAAAACAAAAAAAAACUUACACCUCAUAAGGUAAGGCUCAUUUUUUUUUGCAAAAAGGCAUAUUAAAAAAAUACUGUACUUUAGGAAGAAAGUGUGUGUGUGUUGAUUUUGUUGUAAGGGUGGUUGGUUUUGGGCAAUUGCUUUUUUAAUUAAACUCUGAAAUAACUUCAUACUUACAGAAAAGUUGCAGAAAUAGUACAAAGAACUUUUAUGUGCUCAAACCCAGAUUCACUAAUUUUUAACAUUUUGCCACAUUUGCUUUCUCUGUCUUCCUUUGCCCCUUGUACAUAUAUACACAGUGUUUUUUUUUAGUGGUUUGAGAAUAGGUUAUAUACGUAAUGUCCCUUUCACCCCUUAAUACUUUGGUGUGUAUUUAUUACAGAUAAGGUUAUUAUAUGACCAAAUUCAGGAAAUUUAAUACUAAUACAGUAUUCCGAUCUGUCAUCCAGUAAGUUUUGUGUACUGUCCCAGUAAUGUCCUAUGUGGUAAUUUCCCCCAUUACAGGAUCCACUAUAGGGUCACACAUUUCAUUUAGUUGCCAUGUCUUUUUAACCUCUUUAAAGUUUCUCAAUCUUUCUUGACCCUGACAUUUUUGAAGAGUAGAGACCAAUUAUUUUAUUGAUCAGUUUGUUCCUGGACUUAUAUCUGAUGUUUUGUCAUGAUAGAUUCAGGUUAUGUAUUGCCAAUGGAGCACUACAUGGGGCACUGUGUUUCAUUGGAGGAUCACAGCUAAAGGCACAUGACAUCUGUACAUUAUUG